UCUUUAAUUCCUAAUCAUAUUAAAGAAGAGUAUGAUACCCCGUCGCCGGGCUCCGAUCCAACCCGUUGGAAUGUAGAAAAUUAUCUUCAACGGGAGAAUGAAAUUGAAAUGUUGAAUAAUCGUAUUAAAGAUUUUGGUGGUUAUUUUGUCUUUAUAAACGAAUACGAAAGUGAAGAGUGUGAUUGA